AUGAACGACACGACCGCCGAACAAACCACGACCGCUAGCGCCCAACCAACAAAAACGGAGCCGCACAUGGCGUCAGGCGCAAGCAUUUCAGUGGAGGCGAUUAACACCAUGCGAAUAAACCCACCGGACAUGAACAUCGAGGACCUGCAAUCUUACUUCUGGGCACUGGAACAUUGGUUUGCUGCGAGCGGUAUUACUGAAACCAUGGACGCGCGACGGUACCACAUUGUGUUGGCCCAGCUUCCAGCGCGCUCACGUCCUGACCUACGGCCACUCCUCGAUGCAGCACCCGCUGGGAACAAAUAUGAAUUCGCCAAGCGCACCAUCAUCGCACACUACGAGGAGUCGCAAAGGAGCCGGCUACAGCGACUGCUAUCCGACAUGGUUCUUGGAGACCGCAAACCUUCCCAACUGCUUGCGGAGAUGCGACGCACUGCGAACGGGGCCAUGUCCGACUCCAUGCUAUUAGACCUGUGGAUAGGACGGUUGCCUCCACACAUCCAAUGCGCCGUGAUCGCCACUCCUGCAGCCGCAGCAGAAAAAGCGAGGGUUGCCGACGCAGUAAUGGACUCCUACGCAUUACACCAUCGCACGGGCCCAUACCAAAGCAUCGCGGAAGUUACAUCGAGCACAGUCGAACUCCUUUCGCGACAGGUAGCCGAGCUUACCAAACGCCUCGAUGGAAUGGCAGUUCAACAACGUCGUGCAGAACCCCGACACCGACAGCGCUCCCACUCGCGGUCCUCAAACCGAUCGAAAACCAGCGGAUUCUGCUACUACCACCAGCGUUUCGGCCACGCCGCAAAAAAGUGCCAGGACCCGUGCAUGUUCGAGUCACAACAGCAGCAGGAGCGCAAUAACAACGCGAGCACCUCUUCAUGA